AUCUAUCAAUUACAUAAACUGUUUAAAAAAUUAAUUGUAACAAAACUUAUAAUUAAAUAACACAAAUGUUAAUUUUUAGUACAACAUUACUGCUACUAUCGCUAACAUUAAUUGUUAGCAAUGUCUUUGGCAAUACCUUUACUAAUCCUAUUGUUGAGUCGGCACCCGAUCCAUGGAUGCAAUACUAUAAGGGCUACUACUAUAUGUCGGCCACACCCGGUGGCAAUACUAUACGUAUACGUAAAUCCAAAACACUUGACGGCCUGAGAACGGCUACCAAUCAAGUGGUGUUCAAUCAUACGUUGCAUAAUACGUGGGCACCAGAGUUUCAUCUGAUCAAUGAUAAAUGGUAUCUAUACUAUACUGCCGGUGCCACAGGUAAUCUCAAUUCACAGCGCAUACAUGUGGCCGAAAGUCAAGGUGACGAUCCAAUGGGACCUUACCAUUUCAAGGCCGAUUUACACGAUCCCAAAGAAAACGGUUGGGCUAUUGAUCCGAGUAUUAUAACAAUCAAUAAACACUUAUAUUUGUUGGGCUCGUUUCAAACCCCCGGUCUGCAAGAUUUGUUCAUUAUGCCAUUGGCCAACCCAUGGACACCCAGUGGAUCAAAAAUAUUACUAUCGUCACCGUUGCUAUCGUGGGAACGAUCGGGAACUACGAUUGCUGUCAAUGAAGGUCCGGAAGCCCUACAACACAAUAACAAAACAUUUAUUGUAUAUUCGGCCAGUUUUUGUGGUACAGCUGACUACAAAUUAGGUUUACUGGAGCUAACCGGCACUGAUCCGAUGAAUCCAAAACACUGGCACAAACAUCCACAACCUUAUUUUGUGCGCAACGAUAGUGUCCAUGUCUACGGUCCGGGACAUAACGGUUUUUUCCGGUCGCCCGACGGCCACGAAGAUUGGAUUGUCUAUCACGCAAACGACAAACAAGAGUAUGGUUGCGAUCAUCACCGCAGCUCACGGGCCAAGAGGUUCGGCUGGAAUAGCAACGGAACACCUAAUUUCGGAACACCAGACCAGGCGGGUGUCCGAUUGACAUCACCGUCGGGCGAAUGAAUGAGAUUUAUCUCCGAGAAAAAAUCUCGCGAA